GUAUAUGCUACGGGCAGUUACAUUGGCUGCAGGCUCUCUGUGCGAUACGAUGUCUUCCUCCUCCUCCAUGCAGAUCUCUCCACCGCAAGAAGGCUACGAUGCCAAAACCAACGAAGAGCUCUACCAGCGGUUCACCAACUUGGUGUCCUCCUGGCCGUGCUCCGCAGCCCUCUCCAAUUACCAGCUCUACCGGCACGACAAUGGCUGGCACAGCAGCCUGGCUCCAAUGGUCGGCACCAUGGUCGCCGACGCAUGCUUCGCCGCGCGCCCCUCGGACGUCAUCGUGGCCACGCUGCCCAAGUCCGGCACGACGUGGAUCAAGGCGCUCCUCUACUCCACGGUGCACCGGAGGGAGCACCCCGCGGACUCCCCCGGCCACCCGUUCAACACCCACGGUCCUCACGAGUGCAUCAAGUUUCUCGAGUACCAGCUCUACACGAGGAACAGGAUCCCGGACCUCGACGAGCUCCCGGACCCAAGGCUCUUCGCCACGCACGUCCCAUUCGUGUCGCUGCCGAGGUCAGUCAUGGCGUCGGGCUGCAGGAUCGUGUACGUGUGCCGCGACCCCAAGGACACCCUGAUCUCGCAGUGGAACUUCGCCAACAAGUUCAGGGUCAGGGACGGACUGGAGCCGCUCACCGUCGAGGCCGCCGCCGACUACUUCUGCGACGGCGCGUCGCCGUUCGGGCCGUGCUGGGACCAUGUCCUCGGGUACUGGAGGGCGCACUUGGCGAACCCGGAGCAGGUGCUCUUCUUCAGGUACGAAGAGAUGAGUCGAGACCCCGCGACGCAUGUGCGGAGGCUGGCGGAGUUUGUUGGAUGUCCGUUCAGCGUGGAGGAGGAGGAAGACGGCGUGGUGGACGCCAUCGUCAAGCUGUGCUCGUUUGAGCACAUGGCCGGGCUCGAAGCGACCAAGGGCGGCAAGACAGAGCUCACGUUCGGCGUUGUGGAGAACAGCUCGUUCUUCCGGCGCGGCCAGGUCGGGGACUGGGAGAAUCAUCUGUCGCCGGAGACGGCGGGAAAGAUCGAUGCCAUCACGGAGGCCAAGUUUAAGGGCUCCGGUCUCUCUGUGUAGAUGGUGCAUGUCACUCAAUAUCAUUUGCAGAUUUGUUUGCAAAUUCACCCCUCUUGAGAUUUUACCGUCAAUGUACCAUGAACUUAUAAAGUACCAAUAAUCAUACGUUCUGCAAUAGGUUCAGUUGGAAA